GCUUGCCGAAGUCGCUUCUACCCAAUCUGGGCAAUUGUUGCGAAGUUUUCGAGUCCGGGAAAAAGAGGCUACCCUUCCCGUCAGAAGGAAUUCUUGCCGAACUCCGACCACCUCCAAAUCUCUCCGAAACCCUCCUCCUCCUCCUCCACCUCCCUCUUUUAUCCUAUUUCCAAUGGACUACGAUUAUCGGAACCGGACGGGCCCGACGUACCGUCCCGGCGUCGGCGGUGGCGCCGCCUCCUUGUACCCCAGAGUCGCUCAGCCCGGCCACCCGCCGGUCUCCCGAGCCCCUUAUCUUCAUCCAUCCUCCUCUGCUCCUCCGUCCUCAGGAUUGGGCAUUCGAGUUAAUAAACCAGAAUAUCAGAUAACACCUCCUGUAAGAUUCAAUUUGCUUACUCAAGUGGCAGAGGUUCCUAGGAGCACAUUUCAGUUCGACUUUGACUUUGAAAAGAAAAUACUUGCUGAGGCAGAGAGAGAUAGCCAGAACUGGAGCAAAUUUGCAGUGGAAAGUCAGUCAUCAAAACUGCAGCUUCAUCCAUCUGUGGGUUCAACAGGGGAUCCAGUAGUGGACAAAUAUGUUGCCUCAGGGCUUGGACGAGAAGCUGUAUCACUUGCAGUUCUAAAUUAUGGAGAUAAUCCAACAAAGGUUAGGGAGUUUGUGAAAGGCUAUAAUCUUCUCCGAGAAAUGGGUUUCUCUUCGAAGAAUGUGGCUGAAGCACUGGCGAUGUAUGAUAAUGACACUGACAAGGCUUUGGGCUUACUUCCUCAACAGUUCAUCAUGACUGCGUACAUAGAUCAUUUGUGUUUAAAACUGUUGUACUGUUGCGUGUUACAUGUCAGGGUUCACCCUCUGUUAUAGAAGGGGAGUGUUUGUAGGCAAGUUGUGUGCUUGAAACAUAGGAGUUUCUCAUUCUUCUACAUUUGGGAUUUAAGUGUUGAACUCAAGGUAUCGAAGCUAUAUUUUACCGUACGAGAUCCUAUUGAUUGGAUCAUUUAUCCAAUAUCCAGCAAUGUGAAAUGUGGUGUUGACGGGCAA